ACCUCUUUAACCAAACUCCAUAAUUUUCCUCUUCAAUCAACUCAAGUUAAUGUUUUCAUUUCUUCAUUAUUCAAGAAAAUAUAAAGAAAUUUCCUCCAUCUCCAAGCUAGGCUUCACGAUCUCAAUUUAAGUAACGGCAGAUCUGGAAGAUCGAACUUCCAAAACUUAUAAUUCUUCGAUUCUUUAAUUUUCACGGAAAAAGACCUAACUUAAAUUUAUCUGUGUUUGUAACAUACUUAAAUUGGAUUUUCUUGUGUUUUUACAUCCUGAUUUCUUGAUUUAUGUUUGUUGUUGUCACCGAUUUUGGAUCUAAUUGUUUCAAUAAAGUAAGAGAACACGAAACAGAAUUGGAAUCCGAAACCCUAGAUUUUUCAACGAUGGGGAACGAAGAAGAGGAGAUUAAUAAUAAUAAUAACAGUAAUAGUACUAAUAAUAAUGAUAAUACAGAAGAGGUAGAAGACGUUGAAGAAGGUGAAAUAUCCGAUACGGCGUCGGUUGAAGAGAUCAGUGCAGAAGAUUUUAACAAGCAAGAUGCGGCUGAAAAAUCAUCAAUUAGUAAUAAAGAGACAACGAAGCAAAAAGAAGAAGAACAAGGAGGUAACGGUAAUAAUAAUAAUGGAAAUGGAAGGGUAUGGACGAUGAGUGAUCUGUACAGGUAUCAGAUGGGAGGUGGUUACGUGUCCGGUUUGUAUAAUCUUGCGUGGGCUCAAGCAGUACAGAGUAAACCUGGUAAAAGUAGUAAACCGUUAAAUGAGUUGUUAGUUGAAGAAGUGGACGAGAAUUCUAAGCGAUCUUCUUCACCUUCGUCUUCUGUUAAUAGUAAUGGGAUGGUUAAUGGUCAUGAUAAUGACAGUAAAGAAGAGGGGGAGUUAGAGGAAGGUGAGAUUGAUUUCGACAUGGAACCCACUGAGAAAGUUAAUAACGGGACUCAAAAUGGGGAUGUUCCGAAUAGUGAUGAUGAUCAUGUAAUGAAAUUUGAUGGGUCAGAGGUUGAGGUUUUUGAAAAGAAAUUGAGUGGAAUUCGAGAAGUUUUGGAGAGUGUAACUGUGUCUGAAUCUAGCAGAUCAUUCGAUGAAGUUUGCAAUAAACUGUGCUAUGCAUUGGACGGCUUGCGGGAAGUUGUAAAUGAAGAUAAUGUUCCCUUUAAAGAUGAUCUUAAGCAAUUGUCAUUAACUUCUGUUGGAGUUCUUAGUUCUGUUUUUUCCUCCAUGAACUACAAAACCAAGGAAUGUUAUAAAGACAGUUUUUCAAGACUUCUUUCCCUUGUAAAUAGCUGUGUUCCUUUGCUCUUCACCACUGAGCAUGCCAAAGAGAUAGAGGCCUUUCUCCCCUCUCUGCCUUCUUCUGGAGUUUGCUUGAGUUCUAUAUCUAGUGAAAAGGAGAAAGAAACACCGAUUUCCAGCAUGGUGAAUAAGAGGGAUAAUGAUGUCGUUGGUAGAACUGUAAUUUAUGAUUUGAGUACUAUGGAUAAGUUUUCUACUGAUCCAUCUAUUAACAAUAAAGCAAACACGUCUCUUGAAGCUCCAAAACCGGGAGUAUCUAUUUUUAAGAGCAGAGCUGUUUUGCUCCCUUUGUUAGACCUUCACAAAGAUCAUGAUGAAGAUAGUCUUCCAUCACCCACACGAGAAGCUGCACCUCCUCUACCUGUACAUAGAGUAUCAACACAAAAGUUGGUUCUUGACUCUCGAAAUUCUAGAAUGCAUCCAUAUGAAACAGAUGCACUAAAAGCCGUCUCUAGCUACCAGCAAAAGUUUAGUAGAAGCUCAUUUGCUUUGAAUGAUAUGCUUCCUAGCCCAACCCCUUCAGAGGAAUCCGGAAAUGAAGAUGGCGAUAUAGGUGGUGAAGUUUCUAGCUCUUCAAUUGUUAGUAACUUUAAACCUGCAAAUACACUGAAUUUAGGGCAGGCUACUGGUUCUAUAGCUCGUUCUCCAUCGGAUGGUUCUGGUAUGGCAGGAGUAUUCAUAAGUAAAAGUGCACCACUGAGUUCUACCCCUAGUUUAACUGCAAAAGCCUCAGCAAAGAGUCGAGACCCUAGGCUUCGGUUUGUUAGUACUGAUUCCAACGCGUCGGACCAAAAUCAUCGCUCCUUGCCUGUGGACAAUGCACCCAAAUCUGAACCUGUUGGAGGAAUCAUUAAUUUAAAAAGGCAGAAAUCUGUUGAUGAUCCUCUUGCGGAUGCCAAUUCAUUAAAAAGGCACAGGAAUUUAUUGGAAAAUUCUGCAACCGUCAGGGAUGUAAAAACCGCAGCUGGAAAUGGUGGUUGGUUAGAGGAGAAUGAUAUUGUUGGACCUCAAACAAAUCAAUUGGUAGACAAUGCUAAAUCUAAUCCCUGGAGAACAGAUAGUGGAGGUUCUUGUACUAGUAGUAGUUGUGGUAUAUCUAGUGCGAGUAUUAGUGGAAUUGAGCAGAUACCACUUGCAGGAAUUAGUGUACCUAUUGGAGGUGAGCAGGUGCCUCUGACAGGUACCAAUGCAGCAUUUAUACCUGAUUUACUGAAAAAUAUUGCCGUAAAUCCAACAAUGCUGAUAAAUAUACUGAAAAUGGGACAACAACAAAGAUUAGCAUUAGAGGCUCAGCAGAAGCCUAUUGAUUCUGCCAAAAUGACAUCUCAUUCUACGAAUUCAAAUUCAGUUCUGGGAACUGUACCUGUUCAGGGUGCUGCUAUUCCGCAGCCCUCAGGGACUGUGAUGAAAACAGUUCAGGUUCCAUUUCAACCAGUUAAUCAGGAUGAAUUGGGGAAAAUUCGAAUGAAACCACGGGAUCCUCGUCGCAUUCUCCACAACAAUAAUCUCCAAAGGAAUGGGAGCAUGGGAUCUGAGCAUUUAAAAACAAAUGUAACCUCUUCACAUAUUAGCCAGGAGACUAAAGACAACCCGAAAUUGCAAAAGCAUGAUUGUCAAGGAGGAAUGAAGCCAGUGCCUUCACAACCUCUUGCUCCACCUGAUAUUUCCAUGCCAUUCACAAAGAGUUUGAAAAAUAUUGCUGAUAUCGUGUCUGUUUCCCAUGCAUCGACAUCUGUACCGCUUGGUCAUCAGAAGGUUGGUUCAAUGCCUGGUGUUGCAGCUGGUGCUUGUCCACAGAGCGCAUGGUUAGAUGUUGAGCAUCUCUUUGAAGGAUAUAAUGACAAACAAAAAGCUGCUAUACAAAGGGAGAGGGCAAGAAGGAUAGAUGAGCAAAAGAAAUUGUUUUCUGCACGCAAGCUCUGUCUUGUUUUGGAUCUAGAUCAUACACUUCUUAAUUCAGCCAAGUUUGCUGAAGUUGACCCUGCGCAUGAUGAGAUUUUGAGAAAGAAGGAAGAACAAGAUCGCGAAAAACCACGGAGACAUAUAUUUCGUUUUCCUCAUAUGAGCAUGUGGACAAAAUUGCGACCUGGGAUUUGGAAUUUCUUGGAAAAGGCUAGUAAACUGUAUGAGCUGCAUCUUUACACAAUGGGGAACAAGCUGUAUGCCACUGAAAUGGCAAAAGUUCUGGAUCCAACAGGGACUUUGUUCAAUGGACGAGUUCUCUCUAGGGGCGAUGAUGGGGAUCCCUUUGAUGGUGACGAGAGGGUUCCCAAGAGCAAGGAUCUUGAGGGGGUCCUCGGCAUGGAGUCUGAUGUUGUCAUUAUUGAUGAUUCCGUGAGAGUUUGGCCUCAUAACAAGUUGAAUUUGAUUGUUGUGGAAAGGUACAUAUAUUUUCCUUGUAGUAGACGGCAAUUUGGGCUGCCUGGUCCUUCUCUUCUUGAAAUUGACCAUGACGAGAGACCAGAGGAUGGGACUUUGGCUUGCUCAUUGGCGGUUAUUGAGAGAAUACAUCAGAACUUUUUCGCUCAUCCCUCAUUAGAUGAAGCAGAUGUUAGAAAUAUACUUGCAUCAGAGCAGAGGAAGAUUCUGGCGGGUUGCCGUGUUGUAUUUAGCAGGGUUUUUCCAGUUGGCGAAGCCAAUCCCCAUCUACAUCCGCUAUGGCAGACUGCUGAACAGUUUGGUGCUGUCUGCACAAACCAGAUAGACGAACAAGUGACUCACGUAGUUGCCAAUUCUCUUGGUACUGACAAGGUAAAUUGGGCUCUGUCUACUGGAAGAUCUGUUGUCUAUCCUGGCUGGGUUGAAGCAUCAGCAUUGCUUUACCGGAGGGCAAAUGAGCAAGAUUUUGCCGUUAAAACAUAAAAAUUACCAUUUUGACCUUUUAAGUAAACCAUUAACAUCCACUUUUAGUGAAAGUCAGGUUGUGAUGGGUGGAUUAUGGGGAGGACAAGGGACGGCUCGGCAUAAUUUUGACCCUUUUAGUCGGGAAUCUACUAACCACCAUCAAAUUUUCAAAUGGCCCGUAAAGCUUUAAAAGAGAAUUUUAGUUGGAGUUCAAGUUGUUGGAAUCCAAAAGUUCCCAAAAUCUGGGUCUUGCUUGCGUUUACAAUGAAAAUGAUGGAUUCAGAUUUGGUGGCCGACUUAUAUGAAAGUUACCCUAGUUAUACGAAACCAAAGAGAAGUGGUGUAGCAUUUUGGCUAACGUUAACCCAAGUUU